AUGAAGCUCUCCCUGAUUUUUGAACUUCUUAUGAUAUUUGUGCUACUUGCAUUUGCCGCGUCAAAAAAUAUCAAUAAACAUAGGAACAAUAUAAAAGGACUCCGGAAUAAGGAUGAUGAUAAUAUUAAAAUCGAAGACAAUAGCUUGAAUAGAUACUGCAAAUGUUCGGAAUCACUGUGCAAUUGUUGCAGAGAUUUUUCAGUACCAGUUGUUAAUUUAAACGGUCCAGGAUGUGCAGCUCUGAGGUAUUUAAACGGAGAUAAAAUGUCUAUAUCGUUGAGUUUUGGAAAGAAAGUCAUAACAAAUAGGACAGUUGCUAGUCGUAAACCAAGUCCAGUAUGCAUGCCUCUUCCUGGUGGUAUAUCGAAAUUCUGCGGACGAGUUUAUAAUAUUGCUAAAGCUGGCGAAGACUUUCGUGCUUGCCUUGGGUUAGAGUUACAAUCUAAAAGCACUGUUGAAGCUGCAGUAAGAGUAUCCUGUUUUAAAUUUGGACCCAAAGGUGUGACGUCAGAGCCAGCUGACCCACUGCCGCUUGUACCUCAGGAUGAAACAGAAACUGAGGAUGAUGACGAUGAUGAUGAGGAAGAAGACGACUUCGGCUUGGACGCUGAUGAUGACGAUGACGACGUUGAUGAAGAAGAAGAUGAUGAUGACGAUGACGACGGUGAGAUCGAUGCCGUUAACGACGUAGAUAGUGCUGAUUAUACAGGAUUUAGUCUUUUAGGUGAAGACUUAUUAGGAGGCCUGUUCGGAUCUAGCGAUGGGAAAAAACCCAACAAAAAUCGAAAUAAACAAGCUCAAGUUACAUCCAGUUCUACAACUACACGUCGACCAAGACCCAAUCGUAGGACAACAAGGAGACCAAACACGAGAACAACACCAAGACCAAUAACCAGAACCACUACAGUUAAAGUAAGGCCUAUUAAUCGUCGCCCAACUAGACGACCAUCCAACAGAAGGCCAACACGGCGGCCAACAACUUCAAGUGCUGAAAGUUUCCCUAUUUCAAAUAUAACAGAAAUGUCAUCUGGUUUAACUUCUACUAGUACAGAAUCACACUUAAUAAGUCAAUCACCAAUGAUUCAAACGCAAAAAAAUCCCGGAAGUUCAGAAAUGACUGAUUCAAACGAAAAAAUUGUAUCCGGAAACAACAAAAUACCAUCAAUAUCUGCAACAACUCCAGUUACUGCGACUAGUUUUGAAGAUUCAGGACUAGAAAUGUCUUUGGCUCAUAUUACUGGACAACUUUCAGUUAUGCCAGCAACUCAGAUCAUUCCAACUCUAUCAAAGGACUCGGAUACAAAGUCGAGCGAAGAACAAAUAUCAUACGAAAAAGUGCAAACAAUAACCCCUAAACCUCAUUCAACCAUUCCUUAUGCAACAGUUGUUGAUGAUGACGAUGCAAACGAAGAAACGGUUCAAAUUGUUCAGAGCCUUGAUUCUAAUUCUGGAGAACAUGAAUCUGAUAAAAUCGUUACUGUAGAUGAAAGUCGCGCACAUAACAACGACUAUCGUUAUGAAGAAUUAGUGAUGCCUAAGAAAAAGCGUAGAGGUGAACAGUUUGAAUUAGAAGAUUUAGAUGUUUUGGAUCUGACUAAAAUUGGUGAAAGUGUUGGACAUCAAUUGGGAAUAUUUGGACGUCAUAAACGCCAAAACCAAAAUAAACACAAAAAGCAUAGAAAUGGUGAAUUUAUAACAAAAGAAGAUGGGAGGUAUGAUAUUAUAAACUUUAAAGUGCCUGAAAGUAUUUGGCAACAUGCUUUUAAUCCAACUCCCGUGCUCAAAUCUCCAGUGACCAUUGUAGUUCCAAUAAAUGUAGCAGACAACGAGGAUAAUGAAAUUAUAUAUGAGGACGAGAACGAAAUCGAACCAAUUAAUGAUUCUCCUAUUGAAAAUGUACCAGUAAGCGAUGAGCCGGUAAGCACUGCACCUGUGACAGCUGCAGUAACAGUGUCCGAUAUAACCCAAAAGCCAAUUGUUCAAGAUGAGGUUGCAGGCCCUGUAGGCAACGUAAACGGAUCAUUGAUAAGAUUCCCAUGCAAUUGUAGAUCUGGCCAAUGCGGCUGCUGUACGGGAGCUGUAUUAGAACGAUUUAGAACUAAAGCGUGUGGAAAUAUAUCUUUUAUUCCGGAAGAUUUCGUUUUUGAUGUAAGAUUAAGCAUUAACAACAAUACAGUAAUUCGCCGGCGUGUUUCAGCGAGUGAUCCUCCACCAAUAUGUAUCAAUCCAAGAAGAGCACCAUUUAUUCGUGUUUGUGCUGAAAUAAGUAACAUUCGUGUACGAAAUGGAAACGCUUUCGCCUGCUUGGAUAUUAAUGCAGAUAUCGCUGGAUUCACUAUUUACUCAGCCUCGUUUAGAUGUUUUGGAUUGGGAUCGGCUGGGGUCCAAACAGGCUUGAAACCUAAGCCGGUGUCUUCCGGGCCGCAACCUGUAAAUUUGUUUGGAAACAGUAAUAAUAACAAUGAAGGGACUAUUUUGGAUGCUGCAGGCGCACUUUUAGGAGGAGAAGGCAAUCGACCGAAUGGGGGACUUUUUGGAGGUGGUAAUGAUGGUCCCUUGGACGCAAUUGGUGAUGCUAUUGGUGAUAUUUUUGAGGGACGAUACUUUGACUAG